UGCUUGGAUCAUAGAAAGAGAAUAUUUAUAGAGAGCAAAAAAAUAAAGGAGAGAUGACAUUAGGACUGAUAAAUGCAAAUCCAGUGGUUCACGCAAAAAAGGAAAGAAUCCCUCGCACUGAUGAUCCUCACCCCGUUCAUCCUCUCGAUAUUUAUGAUAUUGUGAGGGAUAUAAGAGAUCCUGAGCAUCCAUAUUCUUUAGAGCAGCUCAGUGUACUCUCCGAGGAGUCCAUAACUGUCGAUGAGAAGCUCAGACGCAUUCUGAUAACUUUCACCCCAACCAUCCAGCACUGUAGCAUGGCAACUGUCAUUGGCCUCUGUUUGAGAGAGAAGUUGAAGAAUUUCUUCCCUCCACAUUUUAAGGUAGAUAUAAAAGUGGCUCCGGGAUCUCAUGCGGAUGAAGAGUCAGUGGUCUAUGGCAUGCUGAUUCUGGGAGAACAGAGAGAAUGUUGGAGUAUCAGAAGCAGUAUUUCUGUUUCCUGAUUUAAUAAGCAGCUGAAUGAUAAAGAACGGGUUGCUGCUGCCAUGGAGAACCCAAAUCUUCGCCAGCUUGUUGACGAGUGUCUCUAUUCGAGUGAGCUUUAAUGGAACACGCCUUUCAUUUCCUAACCAAUUGUAUAUAGUAGGUCUACUUUUCUUUAACAAAUGCCAUCUGGGCUUGGAUUUGUUCUAUGAGAUUCGAACACAUUGCAGCAAAGAGUAGUGAUCAAUCCGUUUUAUUGUGCUGAUUAACAUGAAGUGCUUUAUCAGUGCACUGUGAAGUAUGUCUACUUGCAAUAUUCCUUGAGGCUGACAAAAGUAUGUCUAGCGUUGCUCAAGGAAUAUUUCUGUCUUUUAAAUGUAAGCUGCCAUUAAAGUUUGUAAAAUUUACUUAAUGACAAUGGUGCCUGUUCUUUGUGUGGGCAAAAUUUGUAGAA